AUGGCUACACUCGGUGGAUAUCUCAACAGUACGACAACCUUCCCAGGCUCUACUACCAACCUCACCAGCUUGCUAAUACAGAUCGCAGAGAAAGUCCUGAUUGUGACAGCCGACUCGCGUAUUCUUGUCGGAACUCUAGCAGCAUGCGACCAAACAACCAAUCUAGUCUUGAACAACGCCGUGGAACGAAUUAUCCGAACGCCCGACGAUCCUGAGCCUUCCGCUCAAGUGCCUUUAGGUCUAUACCUCGUCCGUGGCGACAACGUAUGCUCAAUCGGCCUCGUAGAUGAGGCGCUCGACGACAGCAUCAACUGGACAGAAGUCAAGGGUUCAGCAAUCGGCGGUAUAAAGCACGUAUAG